AUGGCUGUGGAUUACCCGACGGGUGCGAUCAUCAUGUCUCCCAGCAGCAGCAGCAAGCACACUGGGGCCACUGGAGCGAUCAUCAUGACUCCCACCCUUGCUGCGAGCACCACGAGCAACAAUACCGCCAGCAGCACUGGCGCCAGCAGCACGAUAAGCGCGCCAAGGCAGCCGCAUGGGUCCGCGCAACUGCUCUCAUCUGCCGCGAUUCCCGCGGUGAUCUGCAGCCGUCACACAGCAGCGGCGGGAGCGAAUCCGGUGGGGAAUGAACCACUGGCGCUGCGUCAAGAGAGGUCCCCUCAGCAGCUCCCAUCUGCCGCGAUUCCUGCGGCUACCUGUGCCCAAAUUUCGACCAGUGGUCGUCACGCGGCGGGGGGGGGCAACCCCGUAGCCAGUGGCGCCCCCGCACGGGCGCUGUUCCCGCAUUGGGUGGCGGUGGACGCGGAGCAGCUGAGGCGCGUGCCACAGGACGUGAUGCCGGAAGACUCGCACUGCUGGCUGAAAUACGGCGAGAAGCGGCUCGAGCUGGAGGCAUUGGGUGUGGUGCUUGGGGGGGCGGCGGUGGACGCGGAGCAGCUGAGGCGUGUGCCGCAGGACGUGAUGCCGGAGGACGCGCAUUGCUGGCUGAAAUACGGCGAGAAACGCCUCGUCAAGUCCGCCUGCCACUGGUCGUACUUCCGCUUCUUCCACCCCUGCCCGGCUCGCAAGCGAGUUGACUGGCAGCUACUACCCCUCACUCCUGCCACCCAUCCGUCGCAGCUGCCGCCCGGUUUUGACGCAGCCGCACACCACCGGGCGGCAGGCAAGCCACCCGCAUCGAUCAUUUUCUUCCGGGUGACUUACCUGAACACGCACAACCACAGUGAGCCGCCCAUUGGCCUCCGGUUAGUGCCCUCUGCAGCAACGGACGGUGCUUGUCAGGCUGGUGGUGUUACCUUAAACCAUUUACCAGGUGCAGCUGCUGCCGCAGCUGGAGUCUGGGCGGAGAAUGCAACGAAAACAGAAAUGGUGGGUGAACAGCAGCCGCCGCCACCGCCGCCGCCGCAGCAGCAGCAUUUGUUGCAGCAGCAUUUGCAACACUUGGUACAGAAGCGGCAGAUGCAGCAGUGGAUGCAGCAGCGGAUGCAGCAGCAGCAGCAGCAGCAGCAGCAGCAGCAGCAGCAGCAGCAGCAGCAGCAGCAGCAACAACAACAACUGCAGGGGCAAGGGCAGCAGCUGUGGCAGAAGCAAGGGCAAGGGCAGAAGCAGUGCCAGCAGCAGGGGAACAUGAGUUCUCCUGCCCCUUUACGAUUCACGACAGCAGUGCACACAUCACCGCACACACAGCACGCAGCACAGCACGCAUCACCGCACUCUCCAGCACAUCCCUGGCAGCAGCAGAUGCAGCCCCCGCAACAGCAUCAACAGCACCCACAGCAACAGCAUUUGUUGCAACAGCAACAGCAUCAACAGCAGCAGCAGCAGCAGCAGCAGCAAGAGGAGUGCAAAGCGGUGCUGCAGUCCAAUUCCGCCCCGUGCUACCUAACCCAGCAGCGAUCUCCCACACCCACCUCUCUGGGCAAGCGAUCGCGCGAAACUGACCCCUCCUUGAUGUCAGAACCCUGCUUGCCCUUGCACGCCCCCCACGCACGCUAUGCCUCCGAGGGAUGUAAUCUCCCAACCUUAAACUCGAAUCAAGGAUUCCAAGCCCCCCACCGGCUGCAGCCCUCCCCUGAACCGCUAUCCAUUCAGGUGGGCUUUCGUGUGACGCGCGCCUCUCCUGCCCCCCACGCCUCUCCCUCCUCUCACUUGUCUGCCGCCGCAUCUCAUGUGUCCUCUGCCUCCCCCGCCGCCUCUCACCCGUCUCACUCAUCUCCUGCCGCUGCUGCCGCGACUCAAUCCUCUGCUGCUGCGAGUCUCUCCUUCACGCCGCCCAGGCCGAUCAAACCUCUGAACCUGCUCUCGUCGCUCACCCGUCUUGCUGUUUCCGCUGCUGCCAACACUGCCGCUUGCGACGCUGCCCCUUCUUUUGGUGCCGCCCCUGCUUUUGCCGCUGCCGCUGCCGGUUCUGCUCCCAUGGACCCCCAAUUCCCAUCCGCAGCUGCUCUUUCAGCCCCCCCCCCUCCAAACGCCCCGUUACAUGCCCCCCCAUCCAUUGCCCCGUUAAACGCCCCUCUUUACGCCCCGGUAAGUGCCCCUGCGGACUCGCAAUCUCUGCUGCUCUCUGUGCUGCGCGCCAAUCUCUCCCGCACCGACCUCCUGUCAAGCUCAAGCCCCCACAGUGACGGCAACAGCGCCGGCGAGAGGAUUGACAGCUGGCGUGCCGUGGCGGACGGCGGUGAGAACUGUGAGCGGCCCAUGAGCAGAAGCGGCAGCGCCACUGAUGCGGGCGCAGCACUAUUGCCUUCCCCCGUGGCGGUUGGCGGGGGCAUUGGCGGUUACGGGCGGUCUAUGAGCAGGAGCAGCGCCACUGAUGCGGGUGGGGCUCUUGUGCCUUCCCCCGUGACUGCGGCUGGUGACCGGUUUGAUGACUCAGCGCCACGCCAGCUGCAAGGGCUGCUGGAGGAUAUGGUGCCACGUCAGCUUCUGCAGGGCUCGCAGCGAGUCACAGGUGCAGCACAGUAUCGGGCACCGUCUGAUGCUGCCGCAGCAGCGUUUCAACCCCCAGCCACAUCAGUAGCACCACAUAGCCCUGCUGUUCCAACCACUGCUGCCGCUGCCGCCGCUGCUGCUGCCACUGCUGGUGCUGGUACUGCUGGUACACAGACCCCCGUGGUGCGAUGCACUCGCACUCUCAGCGUGGGGCUUGAUGGCUUGGCCGGCAUGGGCGGCAUGGGCGGCAUGGGUGGUGUGGGCGGCGUGGGCACGGGCGGCAUGGGGGAGGAUGAGUUGCUGGUGGAGGCGGCAGCAUGGCUGGCAGAGCAGAGAGGGCUGGAGGCACUUGAUUGGCUGCCGGACCUGACAGGGCGUAACGGUCGAAUUGACGCGACUCGCAGCGCGGAAGGGGGGAGCGGGGACCGCGAUGGGCCGGUGGAUGAGAGGGCUGGCGCUACAGCCGCGGACGAUGCUUCCGACAAACGGCCGCGCGUCAAUGGCGAGAACGACUCUAACGGGGCUGCUAGUAGCGAGGAUGAUUCAAUCGGGGACGCGGCGCGGUGGAUCUGGGACGUGAGCGGGCGCGAUCUGGUGCAGGUGGCGCUGGAGGCGAGCCGCGCGACGGACGGCCCGCGAUUCCUGGCGCCGUGCGGCGUGCGACGCGAGCUGCCGCUGCUCGUGUACCUGCCCGGACUAGACGGCACGGUGAGAGGUGAGGUGCCGGCUCUUCUGCCCGGGUACCUGCUCGGGCUGGACAAGACAGUGAGAGGAGUAACGGAGAUGGGCGUAUUCCUAGAGCGCCACCUGGAGGGCUUAAAGCCUUGCUACGACGUGCGGUGCCUCUGCAUCCCGGCUGCUGAUACUUCUUCCUACGCCCAGCUCUCCCAGCUUGAUCCCACGCGUGCAAACACACACAAUACCUUGCCUCCAAUCCCCUCCACCUCCCGCCUUUCCCACCUUUUCCCUCGCCUCCUCUCCCCCCCACCCUCCCGCUCCCCUCCCUCUCCCCUCCCGCUCCCCUUCCCCUCUCCCUCCCUCUCCCAUCCCCCUCCCCCUCCCCGUCCCUCUGCCCCUCCCUCUGCCCCUCCCUCUCCCCUCCCUCUCGGCCACCCCAUCCUCCCCCUCGACGCACUCGCCGCCAGUGUGGCGGAUCUUAUUCAGCAAGAGCAGGACCUGCGGAGGGAGACCGCGCUGCUGCUGCUGCAAGCGUCCUUGGGUGCAAGAGCCAUGGGAUACGCCUCUGAUGAGGACGGAAUGCCUGCAGGGACAGGCACAACCGCAGCACCCGCAGCAGAAGAAGCCGCAGCACCUGCAGUACCUGCAACACCUGCACUGGAAGAUGCAGCAGCAGCGGCGCCUGCGGCAGUGACAGUGGUGGCAGAGUCGUUUGGAGCGGGGGUGGCGCUCUCCCUCGCUGCUAAGCACUCGCAUCUGGUUGCCCACCUCGUCAUCUGCAACAGCAGUGCCAGUGGUGGCGGAGUCACUCGGAGCGGGGGUGGCACUCUCCCUCGCUGCCUGCCACUGCCACCCAUGCGAACCUGGUUACCCACCUCGCCAUUUGCAACAGGUGCGUGCGAGGGAAUGGGGGCGUGGGUGUGUGGGUGUGGGUUUGUGGUGGCAGCAGUGGCGGGGGUGGCACUCUCCCUCGCUGCUACCCAUGCCCACCUCGUCAUAUGCAACAGGCACCCUUUGCACCUCUCUCACCUCUCCUCUCUAACUCCCAUCCACCAUCUCCCCGCCCUGCUUCCAUCCCCAUCCCUCUCCCUACCCCAGGCACCCUUUGCGCCAGACAUUCCUGUCUUGGCGCAGCUGUCCUCCUUGGCGCUCGCGCCUCUGCUCUCUGAUUGGGACAGCCUGGGGGAGAGAGAAAGGACCCUCAUCACCCCGCCCUUCAGCACGAGCGUGCUUCCACCAGCAACGGUGGCACGCCGUGUUGCCAUGAUGUCUGCGCUACAGCCGUCUGACGCCAUGCUACAGUCCAUCACAGCCAGCACCCUGCUCAUUGUCAGUGGGGAGGACCGGUUGAUACCAUCAGUGGAGGAAGCAUAUGGACUCGCGACGUGCAUCCCAUCGUGCCGCAUCAAGAUUCUGCCUUUCUCCGGCCACACUGCCCUGCUAGAGGCGGGCGUUUCUCUGCGGGACAUUCUGGAGGAGUGCAGAGUGUUGCUGCCCUCUGCUGCCUUUCCUCUGGACCCUGUCCCUCCCUCUGAUGACGACGAGCCUGCUUAUAGCGAGGAUAAGAGCCCUGCCAAUAGCAGUGCUUCGUCUGCUGCCGAACCUGCAAUGAACGGUGCAAGCCGAAUUGGUAUCAGCAGCGCGGGUGGCAUCACGGCACCAAGUGCAGCAGUCAGAAGUUCAGGUGAAAGUUCAGGAGUGGAGGGUGCUGCAGGGUACAGCAGCGGUGAGGAGGGCGAGUUCAGCAUGGAGGGGAAGGACUGGAAUGAUGCUGACGUGGCUGCUGUGCUUGGAUUGGCCGGUUCUGCUGCCACGGAUGCCGGACCAAUCACAGGCCCUGAUGCUGAUGCUGCUGCGUUUGCCUCCAAUGAUGUGUCUACAAUGCCAAGAAAUCGGGAGGAGGCGCAGGGAGAGGUGGUGCUUCGGGAAUGGUCUCAGGUUCGGGCGGCCCAGGCUCGGAAGGACGAGGGUUCGGCGGAGGUUUGGAAGGGGAUGGAGAAGGGGAGAGUGGAAACUAGAGGGGUUGUGGGAGGGGGAGGGGGAAAAGGAGGGAUAGUGAGGAGUUUACGGGAGUGGAGCAAGGGGAGGAGGGAAGAGGGCAGAGGAGAGGAGGAGGGAGUGCGGAAGAGCUUGUGGGUAGAGAAUGAUGUGGUGCGGAAGGAGGAUCAGGGUAGAGGUGACAGGCAGGGAGGAGGGAAGGAAAGACAACGGGAGGGACUGCAAGGGAAUCAAGGGGAGCAAGUCAAGAAGGCCAAGCGUGGUUUGAGGCUGGAUGGGUACUAUGAGAUGAUGAAGGGUAAAGGGGAUGCCGCAUGGGCUGAUCGCAUGUUCCCUCAAGCUGCCUCUGCUUCUGAAGCUGCCUCCGCCUCUCAAGCUGCACCUGAUUCUCUCUCCUCUCAGUCCGCUUUGGGUUCCCCACCCCAGUCCAAUGCUACAGCAUCUGCUGCCUCCCGUUCUGUGCGUGCUAAUAACGGGCAUGCAGAGAGGGGUGCAGAGGGCAGUGGUGGUGGUGGUGCCGGUUCUGCUGCUGCAGCUGCGCGUUCUGGUGCUCCUGAUGCAGCUAAUGGAGCUGCACUCCCCAGUUCUACUAGUGCCACAAAUGGUAGUUCCAGUAUCGGAGCUGUUAAUAAGGGGACAGGAGCUGGUGCGAAACCUGGUAAUAAUGCCGCUGGCUCUGUCACUGCCACUGCUGCUGCUUCAUCCACAGAGAAAGCAAUGCAACGGAGCGGCGUGGGGAGUGUGGUGGGGGAAGCAAGGGCUAGGAGGAAAGAGGAGCAGCAGCAGGGAGGCAAGGAAGGAAAAGUGGAAGCGAAAGGGGAAGGGGAAAGGGAAGGGGGAGUGGAAGGUGGGAGGUACAUGGGGUCGGUGGAAGGGCGGGCGACGGCAGGGGAGGUGGGGCAGGCACUGGAGGGUAUGCUGGAUGACAUGCCGCAGUACCGCCUCUGGAACUGGGUCGCACGGCCUCUCUAUUCUGUGGGUGUGUGGGAGGUGGGACGAGCACUGGAGGGUAUGCUGGAUGACAUGCCUCAGUACCGCCUCUGGAACUGGGUGGCCGGGCCUCUCUAUGUUGGUACGUGUGGGUGUGUGUGUGUGAUAUGGUCAUGGUGUGCUGCAUGCCGUGUGGUGCGUGCCGUGUGGUGUGUGCCGUGUGGUGUGUGCCGUGUGGUGUGUGCCGUGUGGUGUGUGCCGUGUGGUGUGUGCCGUGUGGUGUGUGCCGUGUGGUGUGUGCCGUGUGGUGCGUGCCGUGUGGUGUGUGCCGUGUGGUGUGUGCCGUGUGGUGUGUGCCGUGUGCUGCGUGCCGUGUGCUGCGUGCCGUGUGCUGCGUGCCGUGUGGUGCGUGCCGUGUGCAUGGCAGGGUUGGAAAAGAUUCCUUGCAACCAGGGCAGCCUGCUGGCUACCAUGCCAUGCUAUGCCAUGGUUGGAAAAGAUUUCGCGCAACGAGGGGAAGCUGCUGUUCGGUUGGAGAAGAUUCCGCGCAACGAGGGGAAGCUGCUGUUUGUGGGCAACCACACCAUCUUCGGCAUCUAUGACAUGCUGCUCAUGAUCCGAGACAUUCACAUGCGCACGGGAGUCACGUUAAGAGGGCUGGGCGCGCCCACCCACUGGCAGGGGCCCUUUGCUGACCAGUUCACCAAAUACGGCGCCGUGCGGGUAUCCCCCCGAGCAUGCUACCAGCUGCUGAGGGAGGGGGAGAACUUGCUGCUGUACCCGGGGGGCGGCAGGGAGGUGGGGAAGCGGAAGAACGAGAAGUACAAGCUGUUCUGGCGCGAUACGACUGACUUUGUGCGCAUCGCGGUGCGCUGUGGCGCCACCAUCGUGCCGUUUUCUACUAUCGGGGUGGAAGACGCAUUUGACGUGCUCAUGGACCCCGAGGAAAUUAUGUCCUCUCCCAUUGGCCCCUGGCUGAAGCCAGCACUGCAGGCCACGGGCAUGCAGUCGCCCCCCUUCCCCCUCGCCUCCAAUGCCGGCCUGCUGCCGCGCCCCCAGCGCCUCUACUUCCUCUUCUCUGACCCCAUCCGCACGGACGGGCUUGACCCCACGAUCAUACGAGACAAGGAGGAGUGCAGCAGGAUCUACCAGUCCUCAGCAUAA